AUGGCCGACGCGAUGGAGCACGCGGGCGUGCCGAACGAGAUGGACGCGCUUCCUGAAGAGGUGAUGGGGCCCUUGCCGAUCAGCAAGAUGGAGGAAUUCGGUAUCUCGGCAUCGGACUGCAAGAAACUCAAAGAGGCCGGCUUCCACACGCUCGAGAGUCUCGCGUUUACGCCGAAGAAGACGCUGCUCACGAUCAAGGGCAUGUCGGAGCAAAAGGUCGACAAGAUUCUGAGCGAGGCCGCUAAGCUCGUGCCGCUUGGCUUCACCACCGCGACCGAGUACCACCAGCGCCGCUCGGACCUGAUUACCAUCACCACAGGCUCCCCUGCGCUGGACCUGGUCAUUGGCGGCGGCAUGGAGACGGGCAGCAUCACCGAGCUCUUUGGCGAGUUCCGUACCGGCAAGAGCCAGAUCUGCCACACGCUCGCCGUCACCUGUCAGCUCCCGAUCGACAUGGGCGGCGGCGAGGGCAAGUGCCUGUACAUUGAUACUGAAGGCACCUUUCGCCCGGUGCGUCUCCUGGCUGUGGCCGAGCGCUUCGGCCUUGACGGCGAAGAGGUGCUCGACAAUGUCGCGUAUGCGCGUGCGUACAACGCCGACCACCAGCUCGAGCUGCUUGUCCAGGCGGCAGCCAUGAUGGCCGAGUCGCGCUUCGCGCUCUUGAUUGUCGACUCGCUAACUUCGCUCUAUCGCACCGACUUUUCGGGCCGUGGCGAGCUGUCGGCGCGCCAGACGCACCUGGCCAAGUUCCUGCGCACGUUGCUGCGCCUCGCGGACGAGUUUGGCGUCGCGGUCGUGAUCACCAACCAGGUCGUCGCACAGGUCGACAAUGCCGGCUUUGGCGGUGGUAUGGAGACCAAGAAGCCGAUUGGCGGCAACAUUGUUGCCCACGCCUCCACGACGCGUCUCUCGCUGCGCAAGGGCCGCGGAAAUCAGCGCAUCUGCCGCGUAGUCGACUCUCCGUCGCUCCCCGAAGCAGACGCGGUGUUUGCGAUCAAGCCCGAGGGCAUCGCCGAUCCCGACGAGUAG